AUGACGUCAGGCCCCAGGUCGCCGAGCAGUGAAACAAACAUGGCGACAGAAUGGAGCGGACAGCAGGGUUAUAUUCUCACUCUCAUUAUAUUCCUGUGGAGCGCAGUCGGUGGCCGCACGGAGACGGCGGCGGCUGCGUCCGGUGUCAGCGGCAGCCAAGUGCUCGGCAUGCGGCUGGAGAGGAGCGACAAGCCUUCCAGCACCAACGACGACGGUGUCAUCCAGGUGACUGAGGAGAGCUCCGUGCAGCUCCGGUUUUACGGGGUGCAGCUCCACUCGGGCGCCUGGACGCAGAUCCGCUUCACGGACCUCACGGACGUCGCAAGCGGUGGCGCGGAUGAAGGUGAGGAGGAGGAGGAUGAAGCUGUUAAGGCGGCGGCGAGAGGAAGCGGCAGCGGCAUGAUGGAGCCGCUGGACAGGAAUUGUGUAGAUUUCACGAAGGACAUAAGCGUCGGGACCUUCUUGAACGUCAGCAGUCGAGGCUCGUCAGGGCUGCUUACCUUGCACAUUAAGCCCCUCCGCAAGACCGAGCCGCAGAAGGAGUACGGCGUGUGCAUAAGGAGCCGUGUGGAUGCGAGCAGGUGGGUUCUGCUGGGGGACACUGAUGGCAAGCUGCUGGUGGUGGAGGAGAAAAAGUCCCUCCUGCCCUUAUGGCUGCAGAUCAUCCUCAUCUCCUGCCUGCUGGUGCUCUCUGGGAUGUUCAGCGGCUUGAACCUGGGGCUGAUGGCUCUGGACCCCAUGGAGCUGCGCAUCGUCCAGAGCUGUGGCACAGAGAAGGAGAAGAAAUAUGCAAGAAAAAUAGAACCCAUCCGCAGCAAAGGGAACUAUCUUCUCUGCUCUCUGCUCCUGGGCAACGUCUUGGUGAACACCACCCUCACCAUUCUCCUCGAUGACCUGAUUGGGUCAGGCUUGGGCGCUGUGGUGGCCUCCACGGUUGGGAUUGUCAUAUUUGGUGAGAUCGUUCCACAGGCGCUGUGCUCUCGCCAUGGGCUGGCUGUAGGAGCCAACACCAUCAUGGUUACCAAGUUCUUCAUGCUGCUCACCUUCCCUGUAUCCUUCCCUGUCAGCAAGCUGCUGGACGUCCUGCUGGGUCAGGAGAUCGGCACCGUGUACAACAGGGAGAAGCUGGUGGGAAUGCUGAAGGUGACGGAGCCCUACAACGACCUGGUGAAAGAGGAGCUCAACAUGAUACAGGGAGCUCUGGAGCUCAGGACCAAAACUGUAGAGGAUGUCAUGACACCCAUAGGAAACUGCUUCAUGAUCCAGGCGGAUGCUGUGCUAGAUUUCAACACCAUGUCUGAGAUCAUGGAGAGCGGGUACACUCGUAUCCCUGUUUACGAUGACGAGAGGAGCAACAUCAUGGACAUCCUGUACGUGAAGGACCUGGCGUUCGUGGACCCCGAUGACUGCACCACCCUGAAAACCAUCACCAAGUUCUACAACCACCCUGUGCACUUUGUGUUUCAUGACACAAAACUGGACGCCAUGCUGGAGGAGUUCAAGAAAGGUAAAUCCCACCUGGCCAUUGUCCAGAAAGUGAAUAACGAGGGGGAGGGAGAUCCGUUCUACGAGGUGCUGGGAUUGGUCACGCUGGAGGACGUCAUCGAAGAGAUUAUCAAGUCAGAGAUCCUCGAUGAGUCUGACCUUUACACUGACAACAGAAACAGGAAAAAGGUGGACCCCAAUAAAAACAAGCCCGACUUCUCGGCCUUCAAGCAGGAGGGCGACAGCAAAGUGAAGAUCUCUCCUCAGCUCAUGCUGGCGGCUCAUCGUUUCCUGGCUACAGAGGUCAGCCUGUUCAGCCCGUUCCAGAUCAAAGAGAAAGUCUUGCUGAGGAUCCUCAGCCACCCCGACGUCAUCCUGGAACUCAAGAUCAACGAAAACGACAAACGCUCAGCGCAGCACUUCCUUUACCAGAGAGGGAAACCUGUCGACUUCUUCAUCCUCAUUCUGCAGGGGCGAGUGGAGGUUGAAGCCGGACACGAAAACAUGAAGUUUGAAACAGGCCCGUUCUCUUACUACGGAGUCAUGGCUCUGAGCUCACCAUCACUGGCCGUCACCCCUCCUCUCUCCCCAUCAGUGGCGUCUCCCCCUCCACGACGCCUUUCAGUAAAGAGGUUUUCUCUGUUCUCUCGUUUCCCAGAGUUUCGUUCUCCGUCACACAGUGGCAACCUCAACCGCUCGGCGUCUCUGAGCUGCACUGAGCGCGCUCCAGAUAAUGGCUCUGUCGGUGGGAGCAUCACUCAGAUCCCGGGAACCCCAUUCCAGUACACACCAGACUUUAGCGUACGUGCUCUCACACACCUGCAGUAUGUUAAGGUCACUCGUGCUCAGUACCAGAACGGCCUCCUGGCGUCCAAGCUGGACAGCACGCCACAGUCUCCAGAGGGAAGUCACACCCGCCUAGACACGUCUGUCUCUUUGCCCCCCAUAACACCGCCGGGGAACCGCUCUGCGCUGCCGCUGGCCACACCUCCUGCAAAGCACCCGCCGUCCAACAUCCAGCUGCCGCUGGGCGCCCGAGCCGCUCUGACCCAGCCCCCCCCCUCCUCUCGCCGCAGACCCAGCCAGUCUUUGCCCCAAGUCACCCCCCCUCCGAGCAACCACAUCCCGCUCUCACUGCCCCCUACGUCCUCCUUGAGUUUAGCGCCAUGCACCAUCACCCCCCACUCCACUUUGCCCUCCUCCAAGUCCCAGCCGUCACCGCCCCAUGGUAGCCCGGACAACGGGCCGGGGGAGACCACCACUCUGCUCAGUGAGCAGCAGAACUGUGAACGUACCCAGGCAAACCCACAUGUCCACACUAUCAGUCACACACACACUGAAAGCACCAUCUAACUAAAGUAGGAACUAAACUACCUGCGCACUCACUCAAGCAACACACUCUCGCACUACUUCCUGUUUCCUGUUUGCUCGUUGUCUCCUGAACUAUUCUGUAGAGUUCUUGGGUAUGCUGAGGAUCAGCACUUUACGUGUAUUUUAUAAACGGAGAUCCUCUUUUAUCCCCUCCUGCAUGAUCCCCUCCUGACACUAAAAAAAGAUGCAGUAUAGACACAAAGAUGGCAGAGGGAACACUAGUGAUUACGAUUAGAAAUGAAGACGGGGUCUUGUUUGUGUGUUUUUAAAGGAUCAGUUCACUGAUUGCAAAAAGGCUUGCAAAUGUUUUUAGUUUUAGUUUUUUUCCAGGUUUUGAGAUUUCUGCCUCCACUUUUUUAGUGAAAAAUUAACUCAACAGCAACGUGCCUUUUUACAAAAACGUUUUCAGUGUCUGUGGAUCAUCUACUGACCUCACUGUGAACGGUUUUCACAGAAGAUACAUUAAGUGAGGAAAUCAUCUGUACGACCACAGUGUGGUCUGUAGACUUCCAUUCUGAAAAGCCACGCUGCUGUUGCAAAUAAAAUUCAAAUGCACUUUUGCUUUUAAACUAGCAAAUAUGUCCAUGUUAUUUAUAUAGAUCUGUAUACUUAUCUGGUUAUCAAAAAAAGGAAAUUGCUAGCCGCCUCUUAUCCUGCUUUCAAGUUCAUUUCAUGACUGAGCGUUUCUGACUUGUGUCUUCAUGUCAACUGCCAAGUUGAAAUAAUGACUAGAAGAGUCAGAUUUUGUGACUGAACCAAACAAACAUGGACGCCUAACAUCAGCCAAAGACCAUUGUUCAAUGUAUUUAAAACAAAAUGUAGCAGAUGUGUUUUCACAAAUAGGUUUUAUCCUGUAGAAUAAUUAUCAAACAUGAAACUCAUUGUUUUGAAGCGAAGAUAUCUCAAAACCUCUUACGAUAAAACUAAACAUUUUUAGGUUUUUUUCAUAAUUAAUGUGAGCUGAACCUUAACAUCAUCACUGCUAAGACAUCAACAAAAAACUCACGUUAUUUGUUGGUGUGACCAGAUCAGGGCUGGACUCAGUUAGUAGUUUGACUGUCAAUUUCCUUUUUUUUCCAAAGAGUAAAACUUAUAGUUUAAGUUGAUGGUUGUAUUUACAAUAAGUAUGAUUUUAGUUUUGAGUUUGUUCUAUGGGGGUGAGGUGACUUUUAUUAUGAUGAAUGAGAACCAUACAUUAGUUAGUCUGCUGCUUCUGUCUGUCUGUCAGUUCAGCUACCAGCAGACCAGAGUCACUGUACUGAGGGGAAGCCAUACCUGUGAUUUUGCAUGUUUUCACCCAUUAAAUACAAAGAGGGAAUACUCUGCAUUAGACUAAUACACUGUUAAAUAAUAUAUUGUUUAAAAAAGCAAUACAUUAAUUGGCAAAUGUAAUGUUUUAUAAUUGUUUUUAUAGUUUAUUAAUGCUAAUGUAUUUUUAUACACUACAAAACAUUUAUUGAAACUAAUGGCAGUCUGAACACUCCAGACUCAACAAGAGACUACAAAAGAUGUUAUGCAUGCAACAGAAAUAGUAAUAUUAUAUAAAUUAGACAUGGUAAUACUUGUAAAACUUGCAAAAACAUCGGUAUGGUUCUUUUAAGUCACCAAAUUUGGUGACGUGAGGUGGAUGUUGUUUAUGGCCUACCUCUUGACCAAGGCAAUAUGUUUGAAAAUAUUUAAUUUCCAAGAGUAAUAUUUAUUUAUGUAAAGUAUAUAUAUAUAGACAUUUAAUUUGUUUUAUAUUUCAGAGAUUUUAUUUAUUUCUAGCUUUCUUUGGUUCUUGAAAGCAGUUGAAGGUCAAGUUGUAUUCUUCAGACACUGUUUCUUUUUAAUGGAUUCCUCACUGUGAUGCAGCUCGGAGCGAAACCAGCUGCUUCUCGAAUCACCAUGUCACGAUACCAAGAGCUGACCAAACUGGAUCUUUAGUGGUUAUAACACUGUGCGUUCACUGACAUUUGGAUGGAAGUUACACUGGAAUUCUUUCAUUUGGCAUUGUAUGUCCAAGCAUGCACAUGUUGGUUAACUCUCACAGAGCAGACAGGUGACAUGAAGACCAAAUAAAAGCAAAGAGAAAUGUAAUGAUUACUGUUCUCACAAGCAAGUAUGUGCUGUACAAGUUUAAUGAGGAUAUGUCUACAUGUGUUCUGACUCAUGAGUCUAAUAAUAUAUUCUGGAUGAUUAUGGUUGUAAGCAGAGCCGUAACCAGGAUUUUAGAAAUACUGACCCCAAAGAAGAACGAAUAUUCUUCUUUAAAGCAAGAAUUAGAAGUUAAAUUAUGUUUUCUGCUAGUCCUUCAUAAUGGAGAAGCCUGAGAGGUAUUAGAUGAGAAGAUCGAUACCUUCAUAUGAGAGGAAUCCAACUAUUCGUCUUACUCUUUGCAAAAAAACCAACAGAAAAUUCUUUGGGUUAAUGUAAUCCUUCUUCUUCCUCAUCUAACUCUCAAAAAAAUAAGUGACUUGUGUUAAACUUUGAGCUUGACGUUAGCCCAGAGUUACGGAUUGACACUUGAAUAUUGAAAACACUCACAGCACAAUAACUCUAUGAGAUUUAAUGAACAACAAACAUUCCACGGCAUGUCUUCACACUACUGAUGUUAACCCUGUCAGGACUAAAUGUGGUGUGAAAAACUCUCAUGUUGCAUCCUGUUGCCGGGCAAAUGUAUGUCUGUCACUGGAAACAAUGUGAAGUACAUUGUAUUGUAUGUGUAAAUGAUACUAAACCUAAUCAACCUGUGUUUAGAGCAGACAAGCAGUUGGAGGAAGUUGGGAUGUAUCCCAGUGGACAUAAAGAUAUUAACAUGAAGAUGACUGUAGCAGCUGCUCCUCACAGACUGAGCUCAGAUGUUAAAGCUGCUAGCAUGUAAUCAACCUAUUUUUUUCCUAUGUAUACAGUGACACUGAAAAGAUUCAAAGGAACUGGAGAUAAAUUAUUUUGUUGAAGAUAUAGAUAUUUAUUAGAAAAUAUAAGACAAUGAACAACUGUUGUAUAAGCUAGCACUGAUUUGAAAAACACUUUGAACAUGUGAGUCUGAAAAAAGUGAUAAUCCAAAGCAUUUGUCCUUUAUGGGAAGAUUUUCCAAAUUUGGAUUUACAAGUUACGCUGGGGUCACCCCAAAAAAUCCCCAGGUUCACUGUGGUAUGUUGAUUUAUUUAUGAAAUGAAUGGGUAAAUGCAACUCUGAAGCCCUAAAGCAAGGUUAUUUUUCUCACCUUGAGGUCUUAAAGAUGUCAAAAAUCUACUUUUAAGACCUCAUUUCAGUUUUGUGCUCGCAUGUUGAUACAUAUAAUUGUGCUUUACCAAAUGACCAUACAGCAAACCUGUGUUUAAGCAAUGAACAGAGAUUUGGGGGAGAAAUGGGGUCCCAGCAGCUCAUUUUGACCCCAGGGGCCCCCUACCAGGUGGCUCCGGCCCUGGAAAGAAUCGGCACUCUGUGAAAACCUUAGAUUUAAUUCAGCAGGACCUUAUAGCGUACUUACCUGAGGGGUAAACCUGCUAGUUAAAUUGAAAUAUAUAGUGGAUUUAGCCUUAUUGGAUGAAAAUUUAGACCUGCCUGCUGGUUCAUAUAGGUCUCAUGUAGCAAUUGGUCUUACACUGGUUUCCAGUAAAGCCACUGGUUGGCUGUGUGACUGCCAGUUUGUGUACUGGGAAAUGUGCAAACAAUGGUUGUACUUAUUCAUGUUGUAUUUAUUGUAAACAUUGUAUUUAUUGUUUUUUUGUUUUGUUAUAGGCACCUGAGGGUGUGGUUCUGUUAAACGGGCUUCCAGCUUUUAUUGGGUAAAUUUACCCAGAAACACUGUGUUCAGUUCCCUGAUUGCUGUUUGUGUGAUAUGACUGUAAAUACUCUAUACAUGAAGAGAGCGGCAUUUGUGUGAUGCUCAAAGAAAUGUUUAAAAUAGCUCUAUUUAUAUUGAGAGAUGAGAUGUUAUUUUGAGUUUUAUUCUCCAUUGUUUUGCUAGGAAGGCAUUAAUUAGCAAUAAAAAUUGCACAGAGUUGACCUCAAAUAUGAAUUUACAACUCCUAUCUUUUGUAGCCUUCUUCAUUAUUAGCCAUGAUAACCAAAGGUUUUUUUAUCAGCUAAAAUAACUUUCCCAUCCUUCCUCUUUCCUAUCGUCCUUGCCAUCCUGUGUCUCCCUCUAUUCGUCUCUCCUCCCACGCUCCAUCUCACUUUCCCUCCUCUACUUUUUCUCCGGCCCUUAUCUCGACUUGUCUCCCGCUGUUCAAAAGUAUUGAAAUUCCUGCGGCUUUGGCUACCGGUCCAAUUUGCUAAGCUUUUUAUUGUUCAGAACGUUUUCUAUCAUGGGAUUGAAGCGGGGGAGCAAGGCUUAUCAGCAACUCCUGUCGUGUUGUUUUUAGCCCUGCAGUCGUGUGAUGAUUAGACCUGUAUGAAGGUUAACUAUUUUCUGGAACAGGGUUCUCAGGCCAGUGAGUUUACCACACUGUGUAUCAUUCACAAGUCGAUUGUUGAAAUAGUUUAGGUUUUCAUGCAUGUGGAGCUAUGCAGAAACAAAGGAGACAAGAAUGAAGUGCCCCAAAACAUGUGUUUGCAUCUGUCAUCUAUUAUCAUCCUUCUAUUGAGCUCACUUUGUACCAUACAGAGAUUAGGCCAUAUUAACUUUUUCAGAGUUGCAGUGCAGUAUUGAGAUAAUUCAAGCACAUAAAGGACAAAAGUAUUUAUAGGUAAGCAUUGCAACAAAACUUUUAAAAAAUCCAGGUCUUGGAAUUAUGAAUUUAAACAACAAAGUAAACUUAUUUUCCUUUUUCAUAUCCCAAGGGUGUUUGAAGUCGAUACUUGUUUGGCAGGAUUGAAUAUUCAGAAAUGGCUACAUGUUUUUAUUGGAGGUGAAUUUUCUUUUAUUGCAAUGGUUGAACAAAGAUGGAGGUACACUUCCAAACAUGGAUUGUGUAACUUUGAAGUAAUGUGUACAUACUGUUUUAUAAGUAAUGUAAGGCAUUUGAAGAAAUCUAUGAGGUUAAUAAACCUGAGAUAUAUUUCUCUAC